AGUUGUUAUUCUGCUUAAAUUAAGGGGGGCUUGAGUGGGCUAAGCUCGUUUUUUCAACACUGCUUGUUGCUCUCGCGUUGUGCGCGGUUUGAACAAAUCAAAAUGUACGCGCAUGCGAAAGAAACCAAAGUUAUUUGUACGAUCAGCAAACAAUACAGAAGAUCUCUGCACUAAUUUUCACCUGAGCGCAGCCAGUGCAGUGGGUGUUUCUGUGUGCGUUUUUGUUUUUUGUGUGAUUUGAUUCAAUUUGAUUGAAGGCAGCCCACUUGCCACUUGUGCUGCAACAAAAAAGCGGAAUAAACGCAAAAAAAAAAAAAAAACACUGAGGAGACUGCAAUUGGAACUGAAUGGCAGUUGUCGGCCUUUCGUCUUCUUCAUCAUCUUCGUUCAUUUUGAAGGUAAUAUGCUGGCAAUGCUGUUUUAUUGAUCAUACAUCCCAAAAGGGAAGCACAACAGAAAUCUGCAGUUAAAGCGAAUGAGAGAGCUUGGACAAACAUCAACAGGAGCCCGGAAGCACGGAAGCACGGAAGCACGAAGGACCAACCAAAUCAUAAGUAAACAGAGCGAUAGGGAGCGAGCGGACAGGGUGGACAGCGGAUAGGGGAGGCGGCAGGACGAAGGAUAAACGUGGUCUCGUUGCCAUGAGUGCAGCCUCGGGUGUUGUCAAGGAGUAGCAGGUGAUAGGAGCUGCACCAAGGAGGCACAACCACAAUAGACCUCCGCACCCGCACCCGCAGUCGUAGCCGCACUUGCAAUCAAAUUCAAAGAUGCAAAUUACAAUUUCCAUAGACAAACACGACAGAGCAACAGCAACAGCAACAGCCACAUAAAUUGCUCCCAACAAAUGGUUUAAAUUUGUUUGAUUAGAACCGAGAAAGUGAGAAACUGAGAAGAACACACAUAUCAUACAAUCGCAGGGAGAGCACGGUGGCCGUGUCGUCUGACUCUGACAAAAUGAUUAAGGGUAUUCUGAUCCAGCGCAAGAGCCAGGAGGAUGCCAGCUACGCGAAGCAGCUCAAGAUGGAGCACGCCGAUCUGGUGGCCGAGAUGCAGACGGUGGAGAGUCUGCCCACCCACGAGCGCCUGCAGCUGGCCAGACUACGGCGGGCCCAGCAGCUGAAGCUGUCGCGGCAGAAGGACAAGGAGUGGGCCAAGCUGCAGCGAGCCAAGGGCAAUACAGGAAGCGCUGCCGUGGCAGCGAGCGGCGCCAGCCACGGGCACACGGGUCUGAUGAACGGCAAUGGGGACACAACGCAUCAUUUUCGGCAUGCCAACGGCUCGGGGACGGUGAGCGGCAGGCGGCACAUAUCCUUCGAGAACAGCGUGGUGCUGCUGGAAGCGGCCUCGCGCAACGAUAUGCCAGAGGUGGCGGCCCUGCUGCAGCACGGCAUCACGCCGGAUGCGGCCAACGAAGACGGACUGACGGCCAUGCACCAGGCGUGCAUCGACAACAACGUGCAGAUGCUGCAGCUGCUGCUCGAGUACGGGGCGGAUGUGGAUGCCCAGGACAGUGAUAAAUGGACGCCGCUGCAUGCGGCUGCCACCUGCGGCCAUCUCGAGCUGGUGCGCAUCCUCAUCCGGCACGGUGCUAACCUGCUGGCCGUCAACACGGACGGCAACAUGCCCUACGACCUGUGCGACGACGAGAACUCGCUGGACUUUAUCGAGGGCGAGAUGGCCCAGCGCGGCGUCACCCAGGAGCUGAUCGACGAGACGCGCUCCUCCACGGAACGCAUCAUGCUGCGGGAUCUCAUGGAGCUGGCCCGCACUGGCGGGGAUCUUGAGGAGCCGGACUAUCAGUGUGCCACCCCACUGCACAUAGCCGCCGCCAAUGGCUAUGUGCGUGUGGUGGAGUUCCUGCUGGAGCAGCACGUCAAUGUGGAUGCCAUGGACAAGGAUCUGUGGACGCCAGUGCAUGCGGCCGCCUGCUGGGGUCAUCUUGAGGUCCUUGAGAUGCUCGCCCAAUGCGGUGCCGAUUUGAAUGUCCGCAACAAAGACGAUGAGACGCCCUCAGAUAUCUGUGAGGAUCCCGAGAUCAGGGAGCGCAUUGAGCAGCUGAAAACGGAGCAGGAGAGCAAACGACUGGCCGAGGCGCAACGAAGGCGCGUUCGCCGCUCUCAGAGCAACAAUACCAGGGCGCAAUCGGUGCGCCGGACCAGUUUGCGGGACAAAACGCUGACAACCAAAAAGGAUGCCGUCGAGGAGACUCGCCUACGGCUGCAGGCCCAGGAGGCGACCGCCACAGAGGGGGCCCCUGCCUCCCUGGAUCCACUGGCCAAUGGCUAUGGCUAUGGCAGCAGCAGCGGCGGCGGCGGCAGCAGCCACCACAACGGUGAGAAGCGCCCCUCGACGGCCAGCCAGAAUGGCCAUGGCCACGGCCACGGCACUGGCCAGCUACUGCCACACUCCAAGUCCGCCGAUGCGCUGGACAACGCCACUUCGAUCACUUCAUCCACAUCCACAACAACCGCAACACAUUCCUUCCAGUCGCGUCGUCCACCCGAUGGCCGCGAAAACGACGAGCUGCUCCGCCUGAAAGGAGCCCAGGACGGUGCCGCGGGCGAGAUGCAGCGCGCCACCUCAGCGGCGGCCGUCAUCCUCACCGACAAGGGUACGGCGGCCAGUGCCGAGGCCGUGCAGUUUCAGUCGUCCAAAGAGGCUGCCAACGGCAAGAUCAAUGUCCAGGUCACCGUUCUAGUGGACACGAACAGCACGCAUCAUCAGCAGCAGCUCCAACAACACGCGAUGCUGCUGCAGCAACAUCAGCAUCAACAGCAGCAUGCUGGCAGCAUGGAUGGCUUCAGUGCUGCGACCUUGUCGAACUUGAAGAAGCAGCGCUCCCUCUCACGCACCGCGAAUGUCCUUAACAAUUUCGAACUCUCAUCAAACUCCACUACGACUACGACAACAUCCACAGCAUCGAAUCCCAUUGUAGCGGCAGUAGCAACAGCAACAGCAACAACAUCUAAUGGUUCUGUUUUAGGAGCCAACAACAACAAUAACAACAGCACCAGCAACAACAACAACAACGGUGGAGGCGGAGCAGUAGCAGGAGGAGGAGGAGGAGGAGGUGGUGGAGGAUCAGCAUCAGCAGGAGGAGCAACCGCACCGAUCUCCACCCAACCCCUGGGACUGGGCCCCAUGGGUGGUGGCGGUCCCGGCAGCCUGCUGGACUUUGAGGCCGCAUCGCCGGCAACGAGCAAUUCGGUGAACAAGUUUAGCGGCAUCACGGGCGACGUGGUCAGCGAUAGCACCAGUUCCAGCCGUAAGUGCUGUGUCCUCAUGUAGGAACAGCGCUCAACUCGAUCACCACAGUCCACGCUCCACGCUCCAGCUGAAUAACAGGGUAUUAACCAAGAGAAGCAGGCAUUAUCGUGAAGAAUGCCAUUGCAAAGAUUUGUCAGAUAGAUAGAUUCGAUAUAGAGACCAUUUUUUACAUGGGAUUGUGUAAGCAAGCAAAAGAAAAGUGUCUUUUUUUUUUUUAGAAAUUUAGUGAGAAAAUUCGUUGAGAAUUGUUAAUUGUAUAAACCAGAAAACUUGAUCCAACAAAGAGUUCAAUUCUGUGAGCUCCCCCAUUAACGGCUCAAAGUCGUUGCAUUUUCCUAUAACGAAUGCUACACUACACUACACAACACAACAAAUUAUAA